CUCAAACCAAACCCGAGUCGUGCUAGCUGUCAAUUGAGUUUCAUGCCAAGCUCUUCAACGGCCCGCCGAUCUCCACGGAAUUCGAUUCCGUCACCAUUCCCCCCCUCCCGUAUGGUGCCUUGUGUGUGGGGGCCAACUGCAGCCCACGGACGGAUUGCAGCUCUCUCCUUGGGCCCGAAAGCGUCGGCCACCGGUUUCCUCAUUUGAAUAAAUGGGGAACGCGGCAUCAUGAUCAGGUCCGAGAAACGUAGCUUCAACCCCUAGAUAUCGAUCAGGAUUAAAAGACACAUAAGCCCCAGCGACGAGCUGCGAUCAUUCGGGAUGUAUCGGCAAUCGAUUUCAAGAAAGACGAGACGAACGACGACAUCAACCACUUGAAGCCAAGCUCUUCGGUUCUCCCAAAGUCAACUUACACGAACUACUUCAGACUCAACCAAAAUCAAAAUGAGCUCCACACAAGGCAACAGAGCCCUCUGGCUCUCAUCAUACUCCAAACCCCUCGAGGUAAUCGACCUCCCCAUCCCAGACGCCCCCACGGGCACAGUCGUCGUCAAGAUCCUCGCGGCGCCAAUCGUGCCCUACACGCACCUAGCCCACACCGGCAAGCUCCCACAGCUCAACGUCCACCCGCCCUUCGUCCCGAACCCCAACGCAAUCGGCCGCGUUCACGCCGUCGGCCCGGAUGCCGUGCGCGUCAAGCCGGGCGAUCUAGUCUACGUUGACGCCACUACCCGUGGCCGCGACGACCCUGUUAAUGUCAUGGUCAUGAUCGGUCAUCUCGGCGGCGUGGGCGACGCGGGCCAGAAGCUGAUGAAGGAGUGGCGUGAUGGCUCGCUGCAGCAGUAUCAAAAGGUUCCUCUUGAGAAUGUCUACCCACUGGAUGAGAAGCGUCUUAUCGGUGAGCUGGGAUAUGACUUUGCGGCGUUGAGCUCUAUUGCGCAUUACUCCGUUGCCGCUGGCGCCCUCCUCGAGGCAGCGGACAUCAGAGUAGCUGAGACCGUGGUCAUCGGACCCUCUGGUGGCUCCUUUGGCGGUCUAGCUGUCGAAGUCGCUCUCACCGUCGGUGCAAACGUCAUCGCCCUGGGCCGCAGCGAAUCGAAGCUCGCAGCGAUGCGUACCAAGCUCGGUGAUAACCCGCGCCUAAAGACGGUGGUAAUGACGGGCGACACCGACACCGACGCCCAGGCGAUCCUCGCAGCCACUCCCAACCGCGCCGGAGCGGACGUCUUCAACGACUGGACACCCGGUGAGCUCAAGAACCCGCCGUACCUCGAGGCCGCUGUUCGCACACUGAAGCGUGAGGGGCGAGUGAUUCUCAGUGGCGGCGCGAGCGAGACACUGGCGAUACCGUAUGCCGUGUUUGGGCUUAAGAACCUGAAGUUGAUAGGCAAGUGGAUGUGCGAGCGGCCGACGCUGUUGCAGCUCGUUCGCAUGGUUGAGGGAGGUCAGUUGAGGAUCGGAAGGGAGAGCGGGGCGGUGAUCAAGGUGUUUUCUCUGGAUGAGCAUCAUGAGGCGACGGAGUUUGCCAAGGACAAUGGUGGAUGGAGGAACUACACAGUCAUUGCUCCUAACGUGGAGUGAGGUUGUCCUUUAAGUAAUGGUGUCUCUGCUUCGGUCUGCUGACCACUGUGUUAGAUAGACCAUCAUUUCUGGCAUAUAAGAAUACUUCAUCACGUACACGCUUCCAAACUGGUACUACAAAAUAAAAUGCAUAUCCCGUAGAAUACCGAAACCAGCUCGGUCAUUAAACCCUCGACCACAAGGAAUAAAAAGUACGUGGUGGCCGCCCUCAAAAGGGUGUUUGGGCAACCCU